CGAGUAUCAACACUGUAUAGUAGGCGGGGUCCAAUCCGAUCAAUAACAAAGAGAAGGCCUGAUGGAUGAUUGAGGUUUGUGUUUGAAGUUUUAACUUUUAACCCUAGUUCUAAUGUCGUCUGAUGCUACUCGAGUUUCGGUAACACUGGUAUGCAAGGUAUAUUUGGUGUGGUUUACGCAUGUACAUUGCUUUGCUCUGUAGUCAGAGGUAGCUUAAAGUUUCAGCCAAUCUCUCUCUUUCUCCUUGACUCCUUGUGCUUAGUUGGGGAGUUUGUUUUCACUGAUGCGGGUUCGAAAGCUUUACUUGAUAAGUUAGUCCAUCUACUGGGAAAACAGAGCGCUUUGGUGUGUUGUUUAGGGUUCCAAAAUGUCUUCUAGAAGGGGGUCUGAGCAGCAGCCGCAAAGGCGGAUUAUGCGGACUCAGACCGCUGGAAAUCUAGGUGAGACGGCCUUUGAUAGUGAAAUUGUACCAUCAUCUCUUGUUGAGAUUGCGCCGAUCCUUCGGGUUGCCAACGAGGUUGAAUCCACUAAUCCCAGGGUUGCUUAUCUCUGUCGGUUUUAUGCCUUUGAGAAGGCCCACAGGUUGGAUCCAACAUCUAGUGGGCGUGGUGUUCGUCAAUUUAAAACUGCUCUUCUUCAACGUCUAGAAAGGGAGAAUGAUCCAACUCUAAUGGGAAGGGUAAAGAAAAGUGAUGCACGUGAAAUGCAGAGCUUUUAUCAGCACUACUACAAAAAAUACAUCCAGGCAUUGCAAAAUGCUGCUGAUAAAGCUGAUCGUGCACAACUUACCAAGGCAUACCAAACUGCUGCUGUCCUUUUCGAAGUUCUGAAAGCUGUUAAUCUUACACAAUCUGUUGAAGUUGAUCACGAGAUUUUGGAAGCUCAUAAUAAGGUUGCUGAAAAAACUGAGAUAUAUGUCCCCUAUAACAUUCUUCCUCUUGAUCCUGAUAGUGCAAAUCAGGCUAUUAUGAAAUAUCCUGAGAUUCGAGCUGCUGUUUUUGCACUCCGUAACACCAGGGGCCUGCCUUGGCCUAGGGAUUACAAGAAAAAAGUAGAUGAGGACAUUCUUGAUUGGCUUCAGUCAAUGUUUGGAUUCCAGAAGGAUAAUGUGGCUAAUCAAAGGGAGCACCUAAUUUUGUUGCUUGCGAAUGUGCACAUACGGCAGUUCCCAAAACCUGAUCAACAACCCAAGUUGGAUGAGCGUGCACUGACGGAUGUCAUGAAAAAGCUUUUUAAGAACUAUAAGAAGUGGUGCAAGUAUUUGAAUAGGAAGAGUAGUCUUUGGUUGCCGACUAUACAACAGGAAGUACAGCAGCGUAAACUAUUAUAUAUGGGUCUUUACCUUCUUAUAUGGGGAGAAGCUGCAAACUUGAGAUUCAUGCCAGAGUGUCUUUGCUACAUCUACCAUCAUAUGGCUUUUGAACUUUAUGGCAUGCUAGCUGGGAAUGUGAGUCCUAUGACUGGUGAGAAUGUGAAGCCGGCCUAUGGAGGUGAAGAAGAGGCUUUCUUGAGAAAAGUUGUAACUCCAAUUUAUGAAGUGAUUGCAAAGGAAGCCGAACAAAGCAAAAAGGGGAAGUCAAAGCAUUCACAGUGGAGGAAUUAUGAUGAUUUAAAUGAAUACUUUUGGUCUGUUGAUUGUUUCCGGCUGGGAUGGCCCAUGCGUGCUGAUGCAGAUUUCUUUUGUGAUCCUCCAGUUCGUAGAGUUAGAAGUGGUGCAAAUCAUGAGGAAAGCAGGGUAGUCAGCCGUGAUCGGUGGGUGGGGAAGAUUAAUUUUGUUGAGAUUCGUUCUUUCUGGCAUGUAUUUAGAAGUUUUGAUAGAAUGUGGAGCUUUUUUAUAUUGUGUUUACAGGCAAUGAUUAUUGUUGCUUGGAAUGGAUCGGGGCAACCAAGUGGCAUAUUCGAGAAUGAUGUUUUUAAAAAAGUGCUAAGUAUCUUCAUAACUGCUGCAAUCUUGAAGCUUGGUCAAGCAAUCCUUGAUGUAAUCAUGAGUUGGAAAGCAAGGCGGAGCAUGUCAUUACAUGUUAAGCUAAGAUAUAUCCUAAAGGUUGUUUCAGCUGCUGCAUGGGUGAUUGUUUUACCUGUGACAUAUGCUUAUACAUGGGAGCAUCCUCCUGGGUUUGCAAAAACUAUCAAGAGUUGGUUUGGCAAUGGUGGAAAUUCUCCCUCUUUGUAUAUUUUGGCUGUUGUUAUAUAUUUGUCUCCAAAUAUGCUUGCCACAUUGUUCUUUCUCUUCCCUUUUAUUCGGCGGUUUCUAGAAAGGUCCAACAAUUCAGUUGUGAUGCUUAUGAUGUGGUGGUCACAGCCUCGGCUCUAUGUUGGAAGGGGAAUGCAUGAGAGUUCGUUCUCUCUUUUCAAGUAUACUAUGUUCUGGGUUCUUCUUAUAAUUACGAAGUUGGCUUUCAGUUAUUAUAUAGAGAUAAAGCCUCUUGUUGGUCCAACAAAAGCCAUCAUGAAUGUCCAGAUAAGAACUUUUCAAUGGCAUGAGUUUUUCCCUCGAGCCAAGAACAAUAUUGGUGUUGUCAUUGCACUCUGGGCUCCUAUUAUUCUUGUAUAUUUCAUGGAUGCUCAGAUCUGGUAUGCUAUUUUCUCUACAUUAUUUGGUGGCAUCUAUGGGGCAUUUCGACGUCUUGGGGAGAUUCGGACACUAGGAAUGCUAAGGUCCAGAUUUCAGUCAUUGCCCGGUGCUUUUAAUCAUUGCUUGAUUCCAGUGGAGAAAAGUGAGGAAACGAAAAAGAGGGGUCUGAAGGCCUCUUUGUCUCGAAAGUUCUCUCAGUUACCUCCUGAUAGAAAAAAGGAAAGAGCAAAAUUUGCUCAGCUAUGGAAUCAAAUAAUAGAAAGUUUCAGAGAGGAGGAUCUAAUAAGCAACAGGGAAAAGGACUUGUUGCUUGUUCCUUAUUGGGCUGAUCGUGAGUUGCAGCUUAUCCAGUGGCCUCCAUUCUUACUUGCUAGCAAGAUUCCAAUAGCACUGGAUAUGGCUAAAGAUUCCAAUGGUAAAGAUCGUGAACUGAAGAAGAGAAUAAGAUCAGAUGAUUAUAUGUCUUGUGCUGUUCGUGAGUGCUAUGCUUCUUUUAAAAAUAUUAUUUGUUACUUAGUCCAGGGGAACACUGAGAAAGAGAUUAUAAAUAAUAUAUUUGAGGAAGUUGACAAGCAUAUAAGUGAGGAGACGCUUAUCACUGAAUUUAAAAUGAGUGCUCUUCCUAGCCUUUAUGAUAAAUUUGUUGAGCUGAUCAAAUGUUUGUUGGACAACAAACAAGAAGACAGGGAUAAGGUUGUAAUUCUUUUCCAGGACAUGCUAGAGGUUGCUACCAGAGACAUUGCGGAUGGUCAGAUUGGUUUGCCAGAUUCGAGCCAUGGUGCAUCUUAUGGAAGAAGUGACGAGUCAACCCCCCUAGAACAUCAGUUAUUUGCAUCAGAAGGAGCAAUCAAGUUUCCAGUUGAAGAGACAGAAGCCUGGAAGGAGAAGAUCAAGAGGCUUCAUCUGUUGCUUACUGUGAAGGAGUCUGCAAUGGAUGUACCCACCAACUUAGAAGCUAGAAGGCGAAUUUCUUUUUUCUCAAAUUCAUUGUUUAUGGACAUGCCACCUGCCCCGAAAGUUCGCAAUAUGCUUUCUUUUUCUGUGUUAACCCCAUAUUAUUCUGAGGAUGUCCUCUUUUCAAUAAAUGGCCUGGAAAAGCAGAACGAAGAUGGUGUAUCCAUUCUUUUUUACUUGCAGAAAAUCUUUCCAGAUGAAUGGACAAACUUUCUUGAGCGGGUGGGUGUUGAAAGUGAAGAAGAACUUAGAAGAAAUGACGAGCUGGAGGAGGAACUUCGUCUUUGGGCAUCAUAUAGAGGCCAAACUUUAACUAGAACUGUGAGAGGAAUGAUGUACUACCGCAAAGCUUUGGAACUUCAGGCGUUCCUUGAUAUGGCCAAAGAUGAUGAUCUAUUGCAGGGCUAUAAGGCUGCUGAAUUAAAUACUGAUGAGCACUCAAAGGAUGAAAGGUCUUUGUUUGCACAAUGCCAAGCAGUAGCUGAUAUGAAAUUUACAUAUGUGGUGUCCUGCCAGCAAUAUGGCAUUCACAAGCGGUCUGGAGAUGCUCGUGCACAGGAUAUUCUACGGCUUAUGACAACAUGCCCGUCCCUUCGUGUAGCUUACAUUGAUGAGGUUGAAGAAACUAGCAAAUCCAAAAAGCCAGGUCAAAAAGUCUAUUACUCUGCUCUUGUGAAGGCUGCCUUACCAAAGUCUAUCAACUCGACAGAGCCAGUUCAAAAUUUGGACCAGGUUAUUUACCGGAUAAAGCUUCCUGGACCUGCUAUAUUGGGGGAAGGAAAGCCUGAAAAUCAAAACCAUGCCAUUAUUUUUACCCGUGGGGAAGGUUUGCAAACCAUUGAUAUGAACCAGGACAACUACAUGGAAGAAGCCUUGAAAAUGCGCAAUCUGCUACAAGAAUUUCUUAAGAAACACGACGGUGUGAGAUGUCCAACUAUUCUUGGACUCCGGGAGCAUAUAUUUACUGGCAGUGUUUCUUCUCUAGCAUGGUUUAUGUCAAAUCAAGAGACGAGUUUUGUCACAAUUGGACAAAGAUUAUUAGCAAACCCUUUGAAGGUUCGGUUUCACUAUGGGCAUCCAGAUGUUUUUGAUAGAUUGUUUCACCUUACGCGGGGGGGUGUAAGUAAGGCAUCAAAGAUCAUCAAUUUAAGUGAAGACAUAUUUGCAGGUUUCAAUUCUACCCUUCGUGAAGGUAAUGUUACUCAUCAUGAGUACAUUCAAGUUGGCAAGGGGAGAGAUGUGGGUCUUAACCAGAUCUCACUAUUUGAGGCAAAGAUUGCUAAUGGUAAUGGUGAGCAGACACUAAGUCGUGACAUAUAUAGGCUUGGACACCGCUUUGAUUUUUUCCGGAUGUUGUCAUGCUAUUUCACCACUGUUGGUUUCUAUUUCAGCACCCUGAUAACAGUGCUCACAGUUUAUGUGUUUCUGUAUGGCCGCCUCUAUCUCGUUCUUAGUGGACUCGAGGAAGGACUUAGCACACAACCUGCUAUUCGGGAUAAUAAGCCUCUUCAAGUGGCUCUUGCAUCUCAGUCUUUUGUGCAACUUGGGUUUUUGAUGGCCUUGCCAAUGAUGAUGGAAAUUGGACUAGAAAGAGGAUUCAGAACAGCAUUGAGUGAUUUUGUGUUAAUGCAGUUACAGUUGGCCCCUGUAUUUUUCACAUUUUCACUUGGAACAAAAACCCACUACUAUGGAAGAACAUUGCUUCACGGUGGUGCAGAAUAUAGAGGCACAGGUCGUGGGUUUGUGGUGUUUCAUGCAAAAUUCGCAGACAAUUAUAGGUUGUACUCCCGAAGCCAUUUUGUGAAGGGAAUUGAACUGCUAAUUCUACUUGUUGUUUACCAAAUCUUUGGGCAUACGUAUAGAAGUUCUGUUGCAUAUGUCUUGAUCACUAUCUCUAUGUGGUUCAUGGUGGGAACAUGGCUUUUUGCUCCAUUUCUCUUCAAUCCAUCUGGAUUUGAGUGGCAAAAGAUUGUUGAUGACUGGACUGAUUGGAACAAAUGGAUAAGCAACCGAGGAGGAAUUGGUGUACCUCCAGAAAAAAGUUGGGAAUCAUGGUGGGAGAAGGAGCAAGAGCAUCUUCGUCAUUCUGGGAAGCGUGGCAUCAUUGCUGAGAUUGUGUUAGCACUGCGGUUUUUCAUCUAUCAAUAUGGUCUUGUAUAUCACUUAAAUAUUACAAAAAAGACAAAAAGUGUAUUAGUCUAUGGCGCUUCAUGGCUCGUGAUCAUUGGAAUAUUGAUUGUUAUGAAGACUGUUUCAGUUGGAAGGCGUAAAUUCAGUGCAAAUUUUCAGCUCGUAUUUCGGCUAAUCAAGGGACUCAUUUUCUUGACAUUUGUUUCUGUUCUGAUCACAUUGAUAGCACUUCCCCACAUGACCGUGAAGGACAUUAUAGUCUGCUUUCUUGCAUUCAUGCCAAGUGGUUGGGGAUUGCUUCUGAUUGCCCAAGCUCUUAAACCACUUGUCCAAAAUGCUGGUUUCUGGGGAUCAGUUCGAACACUUGCUCGUGCUUAUGAAAUUGUUAUGGGUUUGCUUCUUUUCAUUCCUGUUGCAUUUCUGGCUUGGUUCCCAUUUGUUUCAGAAUUUCAAACACGAAUGCUGUUCAACCAAGCGUUCAGCAGAGGUCUCCAGAUAUCCCGUAUUCUUGGUGGACAGAGGAAGGAUCGUUCAUCACGAAAUAAAGAGUAAGCAUGCUCUGAAUUGUCUCUUCAUGCGAGUGGAAAGGCUUCUCGUUAGUCCUACAACUGCCAAAAAAAUCAGCCAGCAGAUCUUAACAGUCAUAUUUAGAUUUUGUACAUCUAAAGUUGUAAAUUUAUCUUGUUACAAAUUAUGAUUAGAAAUGGGAUAGUAUUAUGUUUAUCGGAAAUUAGAAUGGCUUCCCCAACCACGCAAACCAGAUCUAGUGAUGCUAACAAUAUCUGGUUUUCCUUUGAUUGUAAUUUAAAACUCAAAUCUGCAAGGGUUAGUAGACUUUGUAUUGAUUUUGCAUCUCCACUUGUGUAUUGGACCUACAUUUGGGAAAAUUAAAUGUGAUUAAAAUUUAUUCCAAA